AUGAACCAAUUAACCUCCUCUUUUCGCAUGCCACGAGUCGACCAUGUUCUCUCGGUAGACGGCGAGCUGCAAUUUGGCGUUGAUCACCAAACUGCGCUAGCUGCUUGCCAAAUCGUGGCCAACAACGCGUUUGAUGGCUUCCUGGCCCUCGACAAGGCCGGCGCACAGCCAGUCAACGCACCGGUCUCAUCCGACAUCAUCCUUACGGCCAGCGAAUACUAUUUUAUCGUCCCGAGCAGCCCACGCACGCAUCUUGUCCCGAGUAACGAGCGGGCUUGGUUUGUACGUAACGGAAUGAGCAGAAAUGGCGUCAAUGCGGUUGUCGAUAUCGACGAUCCGGCCAACUGUAUCGCACUGAGGUCUGACAUCUCUAUAUGCUUGGAUGCAUGUGCCUUUGUACUCGUGCCCAAGGUUCCUGAGGCUCUGCCAGCUACGGGAGCCAACCCGGGUCAUAACUCCGUGCUCUCCGCUACCGAUGGCACGCAGCAGAAGCAACAACAACAGCAGCACCAGCAGUACCAGUACGCGGUAAACAUACUCUCCGGGGCGGACACCAUGUUCUCGGGCGUUCACUAUGACAUUCGCCUGCCCCACUCCCGGCUCGCCAACUGUUCACGUGAGUUCCUCUACCCACGCUUCGCUCUCAAUAUCUUUAUAGCCGUCAAGGCGUUCGUGACGGCCGGCCAGCGUCGGCGGGUGGCCCGUUUUAUGGUUGUCGAUGAGGGCCACGGGCCGGAGCUCGUGGAGGAGGAUAUUGAUGGGCUGGCCUUGUUUGCCCUCUACGGGGCCGGGAAGUCUCGAAGCGCGAGGCCCGCAGAGCGUACCGGGGAGGGAGGGAGUCACAGCCAUGGCGGCCAGCAAGAUGUGGAUGAGGAGGGUUAUUUCACCUCGGAAGACGAAGAAGCUGACGAUACCGUAUGGGAAAGGCACGUACGUGAUAUUGAAGAAGAGCAGCGCGGCCGGUCGCGUAAAAGGGCGAGGCGGGCCUGA